GAUUGCAGUGAGCACCCCUAAUUAACCUGAUUUUUUGCUGAUAAUCACUCACAAUGGAAUCAAAUCACAAAUCCGGGGAUGGAUUGACCGGCACACAGAAAGAAGCCGCCCUCCGUGCCUUAAUUCAGCGAACGGGAUAUAAUUUGAUCCAGGAAAAUGGGCAGAGGAAAUAUGGAGGACCCCCCCCGGGCUGGGAUGGCCCUCCCCCGGAGAGGGGCUGCGAGAUCUUCAUCGGGAAACUGCCCCGGGACCUCUUCGAAGAUGAACUUAUCCCACUGUGCGAGAAAAUUGGCAAAAUCUAUGAAAUGAGAAUGAUGAUGGACUUCAAUGGCAACAACAGGGGCUAUGCCUUUGUGACCUUCUCCAACAAACAGGAGGCGAAGAACGCAAUAAAGACCCUCAACAAUUAUGAAAUUAGGAACGGGCGGCUCCUGGGGGUCUGUGCCAGCGUGGACAACUGCCGCCUGUUCGUGGGGGGCAUCCCCAAGACCAAGAAGAGGGAGGAGAUCCUGGCGGAGAUGAAGAAGGUGACGGACGGCGUGGUGGACGUCAUCGUGUACCCCAGCGCCGCCGACAAGACCAAGAACAGGGGCUUUGCCUUCGUGGAGUACGAAAGCCACCGGGCUGCAGCCAUGGCCAGGAGGAAACUGCUCCCAGGAAGGAUCCAGCUCUGGGGACACCCCAUCGCCGUGGACUGGGCAGAGCCAGAGGUGGAGGUGGAUGAAGACACCAUGUCAUCAGUAAAAAUCCUCUAUGUGAGGAACCUCAUGCUCUCCACCACUGAAGAGACCAUAGAAAAGGAGUUCAACAGCAUCAAACCAGGUGCGGUGGAGAGAGUAAAGAAAAUUAGAGACUACGCCUUUGUGCACUUCAAUAAGAGAGAACACGCUGUGGAAGCUAUGAAAGCAUUGAAUGGGAAGGUGCUGGACGGGUCCCCCAUCGAGGUGACUUUGGCCAAGCCGGUGGACAAGGACAGCUACGUGAGAUACACGCGUGGCACGGGCGGCAGGGGCCCGGUGCUGCCGGGGGAGUACACCUACACCUUUGGGCACGUGUACGACCCCGCCGCCGCCUACCUGGGCGCCCCGGUGUUCUACGCGCCCCAGGCCUACGCCGCCAUCCCCAACCUGCACUUCCCCGCCACCAAGGGGCUCAGCAGCAGGAGCAUCAUCCGGCCCCCCUCCAUCCGAGAAAUUUACAUGAAUGUACCUGUAGGGGCUGCGGGAGUUAGAGGCCUGGGAGGUCGCGGCUACCUGGCGUACACGGGCCUGGGCCGAGGAUACCAGCUCAAAGAAAAGAGGGGAGAGGACAAACUCUACGACCUCCUGCCAGGGAUGGAGCUCACGCCGAUGAACCACGUCACACUAAAGCCCCAAGGGAUCAAACUCGCUCCUCAGGUACCGAAAAUAGCAUCAAUAUCCCGGCCAACCGUCGCCUCUGCCCAAAAUGCUUCGGGAAAACAGGCCCCUGAUGGGAUCUGCACUGGGGACUGCUAAUUAAAUCCCUUCUUGCACCUCCAAAAACAUUAAAAAAAUCAGUGAUGCUGGUUGUGCCUUGUAAUA